AUGAGGCAGACUGCGUCAUGCACCGCGUUGACGUCCCCCCCACUUCGGGGCUCUUCGCCGCGGCUGCGGGGGCUCGAGAAUCGACGUGGCGAGAACAACUGCUUCUUGAAUGUCACUCUCCAGGCUUUCUGGAACCUCCGUUCGUUUCGAACUCUCUGCCAGUCUUCGCCGGAACACCAGCAUCCAGCGGUUCCUUCGUGCCCUUCUCUUACCGCCUCCUCGUAUUCGUCGGGCUCGGCGAGCGAGUCGUCUUCGUCGUUGCCUGCCUCGCCUACUUGGGCCUGCCACGCUCCGGGAGAAGCGCCUGAAGCCCCCUCCGCCGCUGCCGGCGAGCGGAGAAGACGCAGCUUGACGCUGCCGCCGGUGUUUCCUUUGAGCGCGUCGCCCUCCGCAGCCGACGCCCACGAGCGAGCCGAGGCUGAGCCGGACGGCGCAACCUCGCAGGCGCCUCAGGGCGAAGAAAGUCCCUUUCUGGCUUCUUUCACAAGCCCUUCAAAGCAACAGGAGGAGACACCGAACGACGCCUCCUGGAAUGCGCGAAGAGGGCGGCAGAAGAACGCCAGCACCGACGGAGGCCGCGGGACUCCGGUGCGUGUCUCUCCUGACCGUUUGUCGGCCUCUUUUGCGUCUUGCUCAGCUUCGUCGCCUCCUGCGGAGGACGAGAGCGGCACCCGCAAGGCUUUGCAACCCUCCCGCGCUGCGCUGUCUCAGUUGCCAGCUGCCGCGAGUUGCGUCUACUGCGCGAUCAAGAAUCUGUUUGCGAACUACCAGUUCGGGAGCUGCGAGGUGCUGCCUGCCGCACCAAUCCGCGCGUCGCUGGCCAGCUGCUGGGCAAGCACGCGAUUCAUGCCUGGGGACAUGGAAGAUGCCGACGAGACGCUCGUCGGCGUUCUAGACGCCUUGCAUGCAUGGCACCAAGGGUUGAGCACGCCAGCACCGUCGGCUUAUCCCUUCUCCUCGGUGCCUUGGUCAGCUGCCUCCCACGCGUCAGAUUCUUCUCAAGACCUCUCCAAUCCUCUAAACUUUCUCGAAUUCUAUCGCGAGGUCCCCUGCAAUCCGCCCUGUCUGGCGCACAGCCUUUUCUCGCUUCACCUUCUUUUCCUGCCGCGCUGCACAGCCUGCGGGGCGACCGGCGAGCCCCUGCUCCAGCAGCUGUAUGUGCAUCGCGCGUACGUAGCCGAGCUGCUUCCAGUCCUCGCGUCAAAGUCUCCGCAUUCGUUGCUACCGUGUCUCUCUCCGUCCCGGUCUGCUUCAUCCGCGAAGCCCUCGAGAUUCCGUUCUCGUUCGACGCGCGUCCGUGCGUCCCGCGAGGCGAGCAGGGGCCGUUCUGAGCGGGGCUCUUCCUGCAGUCCCGAUGACGCGUCAGCGCGAGAGUCAGGAAGCGUGUUGUCGGCUUCAUCCCGCGGUGCCUCUGGAAGCAAACCCUGGCUUCCCCGUUUUCUGACCGAACCAGAGUCCGCUUCAGCACCGUCCCUCUCGGUUAACAAGAGGCAGGAGACUGGGCUGAGCCUGGGACAGCCGUCGCCUGUGAGUGACGACGCGCGCUCCCCCCGUGCUGGAGCCUCCGCGAAGAACGGAUUCGGUGGCAGUCGCGGCCUCCGCCUUGGCGCAUGCGCGAGUCUCUUGGGCGAGGCGCUUCGCGCUCUGUUUCUCGCGGAUGCGACUCUGGCGAACCCUGAGAAUCUUCGCAUCCCUCGCCUCAGCGCGGCGGUGGCGGGACGCGCCCAAGCCGAGCGGCGUCUCGCGGCCUGCGCCUUCCUCUCCGUGGGCGACCAGCUGCUGCCUGCAGCCUGCGCAGAGGCGGAUGCGUACCCAGGCGAGGCAGGUGGGUUGUCGAGCUCUCGCCGGCUAGAAGAUGACACCGAGGAGCGAGCGGGCGAAGAGCAGCUGCGGCGCGGGUUAUCGCGCGUGGCGCAGCUUGGCAGCUCGGACUACUCAGACCCGCUCGACGAGGACUUCAAGCGGCUGCAGCAGCUUUUCCAGUUCGCCGACCGAGUGCGCCUCUCGCCGCAGCGCAAGGCGCAGAAGAAGCACGUCGCGUCGAGGGGCCGAGCGCCGAGUCAGAGGGACAGGCGCGGCGACGUUGUCAGAGAGGAAGCAGCUGAAGACGCCCGGGGACCGCGACCUGACAGCGCGACGAAGCGAACAGGGAAGGGCGACUGCGAGCAGUGCAGCGGCGCGGCGACAGUCGUUCUGGAUAGGUACUGCAUCCACGCGCCGGCCGUUUUCGUGUGCAGUCUCACGUGGCCUCCGGAUCUCGCUCAGAUCGCGCCCUCAUCUCCGCUCGACGCUUCUCCGUCGGCUUCCUCGCCCUUCUUCGGUCUACCUAGUCUAAAGGGCGGCGCCCAGAAGGAUCGCGAGGAGGCUCGCCAGUCGAUUUUCCUCCUUCUCCAGAGCCUGGCGCCAGUCCUCGACGUCCGACAGGUAAGUAUUUUUUCCUCCGAGACAGGCCGGGCGUCGUCCCCAGCGGGGCGGAGAAGAACGCACUCUUCCGGUGAUGCGAGUGGCGAGGCUGCUAGAGACCGCACGGCCCGCCACAGCGGGGAUGCGUCUCCUUCUAUAAGCCGAGACUGGCGAGCGAACGACCCGGAAUCCACUGCGCGGGAGGAAGUCGAAGCGUUCACCGCAGAUGUCGACGGCAAGCACGUCUUCCGAGGGAUGGUUUCCUUUUACGGCCGGCACUACGUCUGUUUUUUUCACCACUGGGGCUCUGGAAAGUGGGUGCUGUUCAACGACUCGCGGGUCACUCGCGGCUUGACGUGGACAGACGUCGUCUCGAUGUGCGUCUCGGGCAAGCUGCUCCCCUGUCUUCUGUUCUUUGAGCGCAUUUCCUUCGCGGCGGUGAGCCGCUGGGACCUGCGUCCUUCCUUCUUCCCGCCCCCCUCUUCGUCCUUCUCAUCCUGCGCGUCGUCGGCAUCGUCCGCCUUCUCCUCCUCGUCCUCAGGCUCGUUUUCAGCCUCCGAAGUGCCGGCCGCGGGGCUCCGCCGCGCGCCCCCCGACGGCGACAGGCCCGAGGCGCCCGCUGCAGCGCGGCGGAAAGAGGAGUAUGGAAAGGAAGCUCUCCAGAUCUUCUGUGCAGAGAUGCUUUCUUGCCAAGCUCUGUCCUUCGAGGCGUUCGCACUGAAAGAUUUGCAGGGAGCGAGCCCUGGCUUCCGCGUCCUCGACGACACAGCGAGUGGCUCUGCAACUCCCUGCCGGAUGUCGUGA